ACCAGUUCUCCCGAACUCUGCCAACCCAACAACCGCAAUAAAUAUUCUUCCUUUUUCUCAAAUGUCAUUUUUCCUUGCUAUCAACUCCAAUUCUCGCUUUAAACUUUCCCGGAAUCGCUUCUACUUCACUCCCUCUCUCUCUACUUUCUCUCACUCUCUCUCUCCACACGAAUCUAACAGUGGAUCGCUAAUAAGAAAUAACGUCGUAGGGAGAGAUCAGGGAUGGAAGAGCAAUUGAGACUGGACAAUCCAGCUAUGACCUUCGACGAGGUCUCCAUGGAGCGUAGCAAGAGCUUCGUCAAAGCCUUGCAGGAACUGAAGAACUUACGGCCUCAGCUCUAUUCUGCUGCAGAUUAUUGUGAAAAAUCUUAUCUUCAUAGUGAGCAGAAGCAAAUGGUAUUGGACAACCUGAAAGAUUAUGCCGUCCGGGCUCUUGUCAAUGCCGUUGAUCACCUGGGUGCCGUAGCAUACAAGUUGACUGACCUUAUUGAGCAGCAAUUGUUAGACACGUCUACCAUGGAGCUGAAGGUUUCUUGUCUAAAUCAGAAACUUCUUACAUGCCAAACAUACGCACAUAAAGAAGGUCUUAGGCAGCAGCAACUGUUGUCGAUUAUCCCUAGACAUCACAAGCACUACAUUUUACCAAAUUCUGUCAGUAAGAACGUGCACUUUAGCCCACUUGUACAGAAUGAUCCCAGGCAAAAUCAUUUCCAAGCCAUAUCUCGUCUACAACCAUCAGGUAGCCCUGCGUCAAAAACUCUUUCCUGGCAUUUAUCCUUGGAAACAAAGUCUACCUUGAAAGGGACUUCGCAAACUUUGACUAGCAAUGAAGAAGCAAAAUCUUAUGGGAAAACAUCUGGGGUUUUCAAUCUGUUGGGUAUGCAUAAUAAUGAAGUGAAUACAUGGACAAAAUCUUCUUCACCUCCAGCUCUUUUCGCAAGUGGAGGUCCUGCAGUAAUGCAAACAUUUGGUGUCAGACGCAGGGACCAGCGGGAGGGAACCAAACCUUUGACAGCAUUCAGAUCAUUUGAGAACACAAGGCGUGAGAUGGUUCGUGCCCCAGUUCAUAGCAAAAGCGUACUUUCAGCUUUCUUUGUCAAACAAAAAACUCCCAAACCGAAGGCCACUUAUGUCUCAUGAACCCUUAGCGAGUUAAUCAUGUCAAUUUUCAAACCUUAAUCAUGUUGCCUGUAAUUGUUGUAUGCUUGUUGAUAUCAUCAGUUCGUCUGUAACUAGUGUUUUCUUUUUAUAGCAACUGGAUCGUCUGUAACUAGUUAAUUGCUUGAUUUUAUUCUGCUAGUGCAGAUCAUGCAUGCUUUAUAUCAGCACCUUGCAUAUUUUCUGGGUAA